UUUUUAUUUAUAUCGAUCCUAAAUCGAAAUCCUUAACGAUAUUUGAACUCUUUAAGUUUCGCCCACAUCCCUGGCCUCGUUGCGAUACUAGCGCUUCGUGGAGGCCAAGGAACUAACGCUCAAAUUUACCACUGUCCUAUCUGUCUCUGACUAUUAUUAAAUAUUAGGCGACUAUAUUAGAUACUGAAAUACAAGUAACCUUGACGAACGAGGAAGGAGACAGUAACGUAAUACAUGCACCUGCUUGUCUAGGGUUUUAUUUCAUAAUCGUAGUCCUGGAGGAAUAGGCACGGAAGUACCUACGACUUAGAAAGUGCAAUUCUACAGUCGUCUCAAAUUAAUAGAAAAUAUGUUUAACACAUACCUACAGAAGGCACCCAUCAAAGCCAUUUAUUAUAACAGGGGAUCGUGUAUCUAAUUAAUUAAGUGAAGUCGACAUAAGAAAUUGUAAAUGUGACUUAGACGUGUUCUCAUCUCAGGGAGCAGUGGUCGUGAAUUAGUCGUAAUUAGUUUACUUCCCACUCCCAUCGCGAGCUCGCACCAGUCACACAUUGUACACACAACCUUACUACCACGCAACGACACACGCCGAACUCCACGAAACAAGUAGAAAUGUACCGAAACGUGGUCGUUUUAAUUGUUUUGUGGAACACAGCUGAGAGUGCCAACUAUCAGCGAUAUGCUGAACCUGGUGACGCACGAUACGCAACCCCUUCGAGCUAUUCCUCGACUGUGAGCCCAUACAACCAAUACCCCUACAAAUCCGGUAGUUAUGGAAGCGAUAUAGCCAAUUUUCCUGAAGUGACCAGGUAUCCCAAUUACGCUUCUGGAGUAUCAACCACCAAAUACAACUCCUACACUACGCUGAAAUCGAAUCUGUUUUACCCUCCGGGCGGCUACAGUACUCCGACUUAUGGAGAUACGUACGGAAGAACUUAUGGGCAGGAGUACGGCCAGGGGUAUGGACAGGGCUACGGGACUGGUUACAGCUCUUAUGAGGUUCCUUUCAUGAAGAACAUAAGGGACUACUGCGUGAACAGGGCGCCGCAGCAAGGGAUCUGGGUGGAAAACUUGAUGGGCAUGUGGUACGGUGUAGAGUUCGUGCAACAUCUGGCUGGUGACUCCAGGGUCGACUACGCGCGGACCUGCAUCGUGAUUCACAUUUCGGAGCCCAUUGACCAGCCUUCAACGGAGAACCAGUUGUUCCACGUGCAGCACAUUAACGCGAAGUUCCGUCACGAGUACAGGCACCUGAGGCUGCUAUGGGACGAGGCUGGCCAGACCAUCGAGUACUCGCUAUACUUCAAGAACGACUCCGCCGGCUACUGGCAGGUGUUCAACGGACAGAACGGAACAUUGACGGCUCGGCCCACGUAUCAACAGUUUAGUGGUACAAUACAAGUGCUAAAAGCGGUCAACGACCAUCUCCUAUUAAACUUCUGUCAAGAUCAAGUUAAUGGCAAGUCUGCACAGCUGUACUCCGUGCUGUUCUCCCGCGAGCCUGGCUUCAUGGAGCGCUGGGAGCUGGACUCAGUUCAUGCACUACUACAGAACAAGAAACUAUCCGUAGCCUCUAGAAGACUAGUCUGCGGUAACAGUGCCGACAAACCUAUUUUUAGUUUAGCUUCUUCCUUCAUUUUUCUAAUAUUGACUUUCGUUAUAAAGUCCUAUUAAAAUCCGUGUUAUCUAGAGACUAUUAAGGUAUAUGCGAAAUUUAUUUAAUCGGACAAAAUGAUAUCACCGACAGUCUGUUUCUACGCCCAUGCAGUAACUACAUAACUAUCGAAGAUGACAUAACGCUAGAUGAACUUGAAAGCAGAUUAUUAAUGGAUGCGCUGCGGCAAACGUGUCGCGGAAGUUUUGGGACAUUUAGCAAUCCCUUGCUGUUGGCGUUCGUAUUUAUACAAUUGUUCAGAGUGGUUUCAGACAUCACACAUUUAGUAUUCUGCGGUAUAUAUUUGAAACCGUCAUAAAAAUAUCAAGUACGUUAUUAAUGUUUAAGACUGUUCUUUGAAAUACAAAGUUUAUGGCAAACAAAAGCUACAAAACGUCUGCAUCGUGAAAUUUUGCAGUUGCGAUGUUAAAUGUGGCAUUGUUUGUCUGGGGCCCUCGACUUGCUUAUUGACUGUGCAAAAUAUUAAACCGGUUUCAUCUCGCGCGUCCUUGUCUGCACUUGAAAGAUAUUUUGGUGACGGUAAGAGACCCCAACCGUAGCGUAGACAUAGUUCUAUAGCGUUUUCGUCGCUAUUAAAUAUCCGUCCUUAUAAUAUGAAAAUGAUUGAUGAACAAGAUGGCAUUUUUAAUUUGUUUACUACGAAGUUUGGGGCAAUGUGCGUACCUAUAACUAUUUAUAGGUAGUUGACACAAACGGUAACUAGACAAGUUUUCAUUUUUAUUACCACCAAAUUAAGAAUGAGGCAGCAAUAUAUGAUACGUAGGGUCGUAGGUAAUACAGUCAAACAUUGUUCGUGAACUAUCUAUAUAUAAGUAGCAAUAAUAAGCAAUUACUUAGAUGUCUAUUACAAUGAUACACCAUAUUCAAACAAACGACCAUUUAUUUUCAAUGUUGAAUUCAUUUUAGCAAACGAUAUGAUGUCGGGUUGACGUCAUACUAGCACAAUGUUUUGAAAAAUGAAUGCAGAUAAUCUGUUCGCAAGAAAACUUGUAUCUGGGGUGCAACUGUUGCCAACAUUGCAGUCAGCCUUUGAUAUUUCAGAGUUAUACAACCGACAUUAUGGUAUCUUUACCGCACUCUAAUUUGCUGAACUUUCUUGAAUAUCUAGAAAGCUGUGUUGUAGAAUCUAUUGUGUAUUUAACUUGUUACUAUCUCUAUCAAAACGUAGUCACUGCCUUCGUCCAUGUUGAAUUCCUAGGUAUAUAGUCUGUAGAUCGAUACUAUUGUUAAAACUUAUUUCUCAACAAAGUCUUCACUUUAGUCUAAGUUAUUAUUAUUUAUUUUAAUACCAAAGAUUUAUUAAAGCAAUAAUUAUUUUAAGUAAGUAAACGUGCCUGUUCUUUUGAAGAAUAAAAACUUUAAAUCGAUUAACUUCUUUCAUUUCAUUAAACUUCGUUAAUUAUGUAAAAGUGGUUGAUACUUAUCACCACAAACAAAGGAGUUUAUACCUAUAUAUAUACACACGUAUUUUUAAUUCGAAUUAUUUUUUUAAAUUGAAAAUAUGUAUGCACUUUUUACUAAUUAUUUACUGAAAGAAUAAACCGAAACAAACCGUAGAGCUACGAUAGUAAUAUUAUAUUGAUGUGUUAAAUCAAGCAGACAAGUGAUUACAGUCUAGACACGGUGCAAUUACAGCACUUUUCAAAGCACACAGGUAAUCAGGUAAAAUGUUACGUGAGUCCACGUAAAAUUAGAUCGGAAACAGUAAGUACGUGCCCUGGAAGCCUAUUUACGUCAACACAAGGCUUCUCUCACGUGAGUUACCAAAAAUAAAUCUAAUUUAUUUUCGUUACCCUACUUUAUAUAAAUAGUUAUUCAACAUUCUCACCUUGAACUGUAUUGAAUAACAACCCAUCUUGUUUUCCCUGAGGGAUGGGUCAAGACAUACCUAUAUUUAGAUAGGUACCUAACCAACCUGGGUUAGGUACUUAGUCGGCACUCGCUCUUACAGUUGUUAUGUAAGUAAGACAUCUAAGCUUUACCACCUAUAUAAGGUUUUAGUGGAAAACAUAGGUACA